GCCUCCUCGAUCUCCUCUUCAUAUUCCUUCCUCGUCAACUAUCACCAUUCGUAAAAUAUGUAACAAAACAUUCUUCUUCUUCAUCAUCGACAGAAAAAUGGCGAAGCUUUGUUGGUCUGCUUCACUAGCAGUACUGGACUCGUACGCGUUUGUCGCCUGCCGCCGCCGUGACUGAGCUCAAAGAAAGGCGGCUCCUUUUUCUGCUGCGGCUUCUGCACUCUGCUUAAUUCGUCCUGUCGGGUUUUCCAGCUGCCGAUGAACAGCACGGCGGGGGCAGGGAGGUGGCCUCGUUUCUCGGCGGCGCAAUUGCAGGAGCUGGAGCACCAGAAGCUGAUCUAUAAGUACCUGACGGCGGGUGUGCCCGUCCCGCCGGAGCUCUUGCUUCCCAUUCGGAGGAGUUUUGAAGCCUCACCUGCACCACACUGGCACUACCCGGAGCUGUCUUACUAUCCCUACAAUGAGAAGAAGCCGGACCCUGAACCAGGGCGGUGCCGGCGAACUGACGGGAAGAAAUGGCGUUGCUCCAAGGAUGCACACCCCGACUCCAAAUACUGUGAUCGACACAUGCAUCGUGGUCGCAACCGUUCAAGAAAGCCUGUGGAAUCACAACCACAAUCUGCCUCCCGAUUGCAGAACUACGCGCCCUUCAUGCCAGUUACUCCUGCUGCCAGUGGCGUCGGUGGUAGCGGUGGGGGAAGCUUACAGAGCAUGAUCCCCCAACUUUCUCCUACCAUUCUUGGACAAAUGGCCCAAGACAAGGGAUUCUUCUUCUGAUAUCGAUAACAAGGGAUUCUUCUUAUGAAGUUGUGGCUCUUGUUGUAGUAUGUUAUCUCUGAUUC